CGAUUUCGUCACGUGGGGUAAAUCAAAUCCACUCCAAAUUCCAAGUACCCUAGUAAAUUUCCACGCCUGCUACAACUUACAAGUAUGAAGCUUGCCAAAAAGCGCUGAGGAUGAAAGUGCCCGCAGCGAAAGCAGCGUUUCCUACUUGCCUGCAUCUACUCGCUGUAUAAUGAUUCCUGAGCUGCGAUGGAAAAUCUUUGACCUAGUCACGCGAAUUGAUUCCGAGACUGUAUGGUUGAUGAAAAAGACACUCAUGGCGCUUGCCUUGACGUGCAAGUACUUCAGCGGACCUGCGCAGGAUCUUGUGUGGCGAGACCUGCAUAGUUUUGAACCACUUAUCACAUGUCUCCCGCAAAGCCUAUGGAAACAAGACGGACACAAGCUAGAAUUUCAAAGAACCAUGACGCUCGAUGACUGGUCCAUUUUUUGCAAAUAUAACUAUCGAGUCCAUUCACUGGUCCAUCAAUGUCGGGAACCGUACUCGUACACGGAUGACGAGACGAUUGGAACUGAAAUUUGGCGUGCCCUCAGCUGUCCCCCCUUCUCCCUUCCUUUGCUCCCCAACUUGACGUCCCUUACCUGGACUGAGGCUAGCGACAAGACAUUCCAAUGUGUUCGGUUGUUUGCGACUCCAAAAUUGACGAUGCUCAAUAUUUCCCCCCGGCACCGUCCAUUCUUCACCUUUGGCUCAUCCGAACAGUCCAUCCUGUCGUCUAUCGCUCAGUCGUGCCCUUCUGUUUCGUAUUUCGAUCUCGCUCAAGAGAGAUAUGGCUCUACUGAUUCAGUCGGAGACACGUCGACCGCAUUGCAAUUCUGGUCUCAUCUAACAUCGGUGAGGACUGGAACAGUUUCCGAGGCAGCCAUAUUACAUCUGUCCAACUUGCCUUCACUCCGAGUUUUGAAAUGUCGAUUGCCUUCAACUUCCUUAUCUACAGAUGCACAGAAGCUCCUACAGCAGCCUGUGUUCUGCGCGUUGCAAGAGCUGGACGUAACAUGCACAAGUCUAGUCAUCUUAGAUCCUUUUUGGAGAAGCUCACUGUCACUCCAAAGUAUUAUUAUCCUUUACAAUCACUCGUGGAGUGGAUUUCGCUCAGGCCCUGCCGGCUUCUGGGAUCGGGGCAUUGAUCCCAAUGCUUCAAUCGGAGCUGCGGCCUUUCAACCACUCUUUACCUUUCGCAAUCUUCGCAAGCUUGACUUCGAAGCGGACGGCUACUGCAUUGUGCGAAUGGAUGAUGCUUCCCUUUUGCAGAUGGCUAAGGCCUGGCCAUGCCUGGAAGAGCUAUACAUCUCCAGACACUUCCAUUCAAAUUAUCAAGUCACUCUACAUGCCUUUGUCUUGCUGUUGUGGCAUUGCCCGCGUUUACGCUCGGUUGCCGUUCUCGUAGAUUGGUCCACGAUAGAUGUGUGUGACAUAUCCCCUGACAUUCCUUACCGAGGAUUUUCUCAGAAGGCACUAUCCGAUUUAUCCACCAGCGGUUCGAAGAUUGAAAAUCCAACAUCAAUUGCUGCUUUCAUCUCAACCAUCGCACCCAACGUACGAUUCAUUCACGGGUCAGAAUUCGAAGAGUCCUCGCGGUGGGGACAUCGUUGA